AUAUAUAUAUAUCGAUGAGAUUAAUGCGCGACGUUAUAUGAAAUGGUCUAUACAAGCAAACCAACGCCAGAUUUAUGUAUGUAUUUACAUGUAUAAAAAGAAAACAACGUCGUUUAUAUUAUAUAUAUAUAUAAACUGGUAACAAAAAAAUAAAGAAAAAAAAAACAACUGAAUAUAUCUAUCCUUUAGAACAAGGAGACUGUCGAAAUUCUCAUAGUAUUGAGUUGGCUAUGGAAAUACAUGUUUAACAAAAACAGUUUGACAAAAGAAGAUAUAUCGAUAAAUAAUUUUUUUUAUGGAUAUUACUAUGGCGACCAACAUCCUCUCGAUCCGCGAACUUGUGAAACUUCUUGAAAAAAAUGUGAGCAUUCUGAAGACGGAAAGCGACAAUUCAGAUAUUGAUCUUAAAUUUCGCGACAAACUCGAGCGAUUCGAUAAACUGUCAUGCAAUGCGACUGAUAAACUGCAAUCAUUAUUAUAUUUAUCCGAGAAUUACACUGCAAACAAUGAUCUUAAAAAAUUUAUAAAUAGGAUUACUGGUUUAUGGUUUUCCGUUAAUAAACAGAUUUGUGAAAAAUGUUCCAAAAUUCGAAUGGCUAGUCGCACUCUAUCGCGGGUACCAUUGUCCUUGCUCCUUAAAAGGAUAAAGAAAGAGAAAUCUUUAGCAAGAGAGUCAUUGCACUUUUACGAGAACGGAUAUGAUUAUGAGAAUCUCGCAAAAUGUUACGCUUUGUUGAAUGAAAUCGAAGAUUUGUUAAGCGAUCUAGAAAAAUGCGACGAUAAGUUACAAAAUUAUUUAGCUAUAUCAAAGUUGAUUCCUUUCCUCGUCAAGUUAGAGUCCUCUGUAGACGCGUACGUCUCUAACAUCGAAUUAUCACCCAUCAACAAAUCCGAGUGUUCGAAACUGGAUGCUUUUACAGUUCUCACAAAACUUCUUACCGGUGAAUUAUUGAAUAAUGAACCUAUGGAUCCGUAUCAAGUGCUAAUGGAUAAUGCGCCUAGGAAACCAGUUUUCAUUAUUAAAACCAAACGCAAAUCAGACAUUCCGAUACAGGUAGUAGAAAUAACAUAA